GUACAUAACCAUUUCAAAAAUUCGAAAUCAAUUCGCUCGUCAUCAUCGCCUUGUCAUUUCCGCAGGAGCCUUAGUAUUUGCACUAAUAGCCAAAUUACCCAUGUAUUUUGAAGUUGAGGUAGUUCCAAAUGGGAAUUGCACCGGUGUCACAGCCCUGACGGCAAUCGUUAGUGGAUGGAGUGAGACGGAACCGUAUAAAACCGCUUAUAAGAUUUUUGCUAAUUACAGUUCUGGUUCCGCAGUAUCAUAA